AAUAAUAAAUUUGAUUUUACCUCUAGUGUAACCCUCAAAAUCUACGGUCAUGUUGUGACGAAAAUUUAUCGUGUAACUAUAAAAGUUCACAAAAUAGCUAUGCUUGUGGACCAAAAAGAAAAUUGGGCAGCAAAUGCAGAGUUGACGAAGAUUGCAGUAUACGUCACGCGAAAUGUUCAUCAGAAUCAAAAUGCGUAUGCAGAGAAAAAAACAUUGAGUUUAAUGAAACAUCCUGCAUGCCUUUGUUGGGCGGAUUUUGUUGGAAAAAUGAAACAUGCGCGACUGAUAAUACAAUUUGUAUCGAUAAUCAGUGCCAAUGCAGAGCUAACUACAUAGAAAACGGCAAAUUUUGCUUUUCAAAUACAGUCAAUCGUUCAUGUUUGGAUAACACAGAUUGCGUAGGAUUAAAAUGGUCUGAAUGUUCAAAACAAGGUGCUUGCACCUGUCAACCAAAUACUGUCCUUGUGAAAAACACUUGUGUGCCUCAAUUAGAUGUACACUGUAACCUGGAUACCGAUUGCAGAGUCAAAAACUUUAAGUGCAUUGACAAUACGUGCCAAUGCACAGAAAAUUUCAUGUUUAGACGCUUAGAAUGCGUGCCAAAAAUUUCAUUUGAAUCCUGUAAAAAAGACGCAGAUUGUAAUCAAAUACCCUUCGCAGAGUGCUCGAUAGAAAAAAAAUGUGAAUGUAAGCAUAACUUUAUUGCAACUGAUCAUAGAACAUGUAAGCCGCUACUGGGAGAAUUUUGUGCUAAUGAUGAGGAUUGUCAGACUUUGAAUUCCGAGUGCGAUCACAAUGAGUGUGUAUGUCGGGAUGACUACGUACAAGAAUCAAUCUACUCGUGCAUACCAACACUUCUGGGCCAAUUUUGCAGAGAGGAUAAUGAUUGCAACAAUAUAAAGAACGCAGAGUGCAAUAAUAAGGUGUGUGUUUGCAAAUCAGAUUAUGUUAGUACUGAUCUAACGACUUGUUUACUUUUGCUGGGGCGUCAAUGCACCAAAAGAUCAGAUUGUGCUCCUGAUAAUUCUGCCUGUCUUGGCGGGAUAUGUGACUGUAAUGAAUACUUCAUUAGUAAAUCUGAUGACAAGUGUUUGCCAACGCUUCUGGAGAAAAAAUGCCAGGAUCAUUUAGACUGUCACGACAAAAAGUUUUCAUUAUGUGGACAGAACAAAGUAUGUGCUUGCUCGUUUUACUAUGUGGCUUCUAAUGGGAACGAGUGUGAGCCUCUUCUGGGAGGAAAGUGUAACAACACUAGUCAGUGCAUGGUAGACAAUUCGAUUUGUCUUAAUAAUCGGUGUCGAUGCAAGCCUCAUUUCUUACAAUCUUUUCACACAUAUUGUAUACCAAUUAUGUUAGGACGAUCAUGUACAGAGCAAACUCAAUGUAAGACGACACAAAAUUCAAUAUGCGUAUCAAAUGUAUGUGUCUGCCGUGACGACCAUUUUGCAUUCAAUGGAAUUUUCUGUAUACCUGUUCUCAACAGAGUUUGCUGGACAAACGACCAAUGUUCUGGUGAUUCCUUUCAUUGUUCGAAUUAUAAGUGUCAAUGCAGACCUGGAUUCACUGCCGUGUCAGUUGAGAAAUGUGUAAAAACUGAUAGUUUGUUCUCGUGCAAUGACGAAACAGAGUGCAGCGACAUCUGGCACUCAACAUGCUCAACAAAAAAGUGUGUAUGCAGAAGUAAUAACAUUGCAGUCAGUAAAUCAACAUGUCUUCCUAUUUUGCGCGGAUAUUGCUGGAAAGACGACCAAUGCAAGGCUGAAAACUCUGCUUGCAUUAAUUAUUGGUGUAAAUGCAAGCCUGGCUUUACAGAAAUUGCAAUUAAUUCAUGCGCAGCUAUUGUUCUGUAAUAUAAAAAAGAUAUCUAAAAUUUUUAAUUAAAUGAUAAAUAAUUUUUGUUUAAGGAGAUCCAAGUA